AUGAUUGACGAAAACGAAUCCCGCAAGCCCAUUUAUCAUAGAUUAAACAAAGCAAGACGACGAACUGUCCGAUCAGAUUUACCGGUGAAGGAUUACGAUUUCGGCUCGGUGAAGGGACUGCUGAAGCUCGACGCGGUGUGCAUCGACAACAAUGUGUUCCGGCUGCACUACAAAGCCACCGUGAUCAUAUUAAUCGCCUUUUCAUUACUAGUCACCUCCAGACAGUACAUCGGCGACCCCAUAGACUGUAUUGUCGAUGAGAUACCGCUUCACGUGAUGGACACGUAUUGUUGGAUUUAUUCGACGUUCACGAUCCCGGACCGGACCGGUGUCGUCGGCAAGGACCUGGUGCAGCCCGGUGUGGCGGCCCACGUUGAGGGCGAGGACGAGGUCAAGUACCAUAAAUACUAUCAGUGGGUGUGCUUCACCCUCUUCUUCCAGGCGAUAUUGUUCUAUGUGCCACGUUACUUGUGGAAGACCUGGGAGGGAGGAAGGAUCAAGAUGCUGGUGUUGGACCUGAACUGUCCGGUGAUGAGCGAGGAAUGCAAGACUGAACGAAGAAAGUUGUUGGUCGACUAUUUCACGACGAACAUGCACACGCAGAAUUUCUACGCGUUCCGGUUCUUUCUCUGCGAGGUACUGAACUUCGUCAACGUGGUCGGCCAGAUAUAUUUCAUGGAUUUCUUUCUGGACGGUGAGUUCACGACAUACGGAUCGGACGUGGUGAAGUUCACGGAAAUGGAGCCGGAGGAGAGGAUCGACCCAAUGUCCCGUGUGUUCCCGAAGGUGACCAAGUGCACCUUCCACAAAUAUGGUGCGUCCGGUACCGUGCAGAAAUUCGACGGGCUGUGCGUGCUCCCGUUAAACAUUGUCAACGAGAAGAUCUACGUGUUCCUCUGGUUCUGGUUCAUCAUACUGUCCAUACUGAGCGGGCUGACUCUGGCUUACCGUGCCGCGGUCGUCGCCGGCCCGAAGCUUCGUCUGGUGCUGUUGCGGGCCCGUUCGCGGCUCUCGCUUCAGGAGCACGUCGAGACGAUCGCCGAGAAGUGCCAGAUCGGCGACUGGUUCGUUCUUUAUCAGCUGGGGAAGAACAUAGACCCGUUGGUGUAUCAGCAGCUCGUCUUGGACCUCGCCACGAAGCUGCAGGGCAAAGAGUCCGUCUAGCCAACCGAUUCGUCGCUUCUCAUUCCGCUUGUU